AUGGCCAACUUAGCUAUUGGGUUUGGACCAUUUCUGCAAGAGAUUUUUUGUAAAGCAACAUGUCAGGCACCAGGCUCUGGCUUAUUUCUGUCUGUCCUUCUUUACUUUUUCAGGAAAGAGGCUUCAGUGGAUAAAGAGAAAAAUGGCCAUCUGAAUCCUGCCUUUCACCUGAAGGUGGUCGGCCCAAUCAACAAAGCUAGUGGCCACAAGGGGCUUUUACACACCAGCAAAGAGGUCCUGCCACUCAGACCAGGACUAGUGGCAAAUGGCACCCAGCCAGUCAACAUUGUGCGACCUCUUAGACCUACCCAGUCCCCCCAUGGGGCUCCUCGGGACCUCAAGGUGGUAAGACCACCCUUCCCAGCUGGCAAGCCCCCAACAGCCCCACCCAAGUCACCUCCCACCCCACAAAGACUCAGCCCUCCUAAGAAACCACUGCCCCUUAACCCAACACGUUCCCCACUGCGAGUCUCUGAGCAGCUGUCCAGACCGGCCCCUUGUCCCCCUCAGAGACCUCUGCCCCUCAGUCCAGCCAGAGUAGCCUCCACCAGGGUGAGUCCCAGUCGCUCUUCUGGCUGCAGAGCCACAGGCCUGCUGGUCAUGAUGCCUCCAGCUCCUGGGCCACAACCUGUGGGGAAAGUGUCAGCCAUUCCCCCUCUCAGAGUUCUCAGACCGAUCCCAGGUGCCAGACCGAACACAGCCUCGCAUCCACAAAAAUGACCUUCUCCUUGCCCCGCCCUGUCCUCCCCGCCCCCAACCCCCCUCCCACCCCCUUGGUGAGGAGGCAGCAGCUGACAGCCUAUUUGCACUAAGGAAACUUUAGCUGGUGAACACAGAGCUUUCACAUGCAGCAGAGGACAAACAGAGCUGGUACCAGAGACAUGGAGGAACAAACAGGACUCCAACACUUCAGAUUUCUAAUGAACCCCCCCAACCUCCUCCAUCCUGCCCCGUCUCAGUCCUCUCACCUUAUCUUCACCCCGUCUUCCCCCAUUCCUGGUGUGUUAACAUUACCAUGACGACGCUGCGUUGUGUGGAGGCCUUGCAGACUGAAACAUGUUGAUGGUUAUUUACCAAAUCAGUUUUUAGUAUUACUGUUUUUUUAUCUAUUAAUGCUGUCCAUUUCUAAAACUCCAUUUUGUAAUGUGUUGCUUUGUUUACAGUUUGCUUCAUGUUGUGUUAAAUGAUUUGUGUUUUGUGCCAAAGAACUUUUUAUGUACCUGCGGUGUGUCUGAAUUGCUGUAGAAUCUUGUUUUGUUAACAAGUCAGCCCCCCUGCCCCCCUUCCUUCUACUUUUAGUUUUUUUAUCAUUGUUUGUAUUUUACCUUAUGAAGAAUGUUUCAAGUUAAAUGUGUCGGUACAGAUGUCUAUCAGGGGAAUGAUAGCCAUUCACUCAGCAGCUUCUUAUCCACACUGUUUACAAGGUGGAGGGCUUGAUGGAGAGCUGACAGGACACAUCCAGGUCUUUAUGGAGUUUUUAUCUUGUUUGCUCUGUUUUUCAUUUCAGCUGGUGAAUAUAAAUAUUUUUACAAAAACAUCAA